CGCUCCCCGCCCUCUCCUGCGCCUCGCCUCCUCCGCCCCGCGCCCUGCGGUGCUGCAGCUGCGGGCGGCUCCAGCUGCCCCCAGAUGUGGGCUGGGCAGCGCGCGGGGAACUUUCGCGCCGGCUGCGAGUGCGGGGCACCGGCUGCGGUCGGGCUGCCAUGGAUCCGCCGGCGGGAGCCGCUCGCCGCCUGCUCUGCCCCGCUCUGCUGCUGCUGCUGCUGCCGCCGCCGCCGCUCCUGCUGCUGCCGCCGCCACCCGCGAGCGCCCGGCUCGCCGCCGCUACCGAGCCCCCAGGCGGGCCCCCAGGGCACGGAGCCGAGCGCAUCCUGGCGGUGCCGGUGCGCACUGACGCCCAGGGCCGCUUGGUGUCCCACGUGGUGUCUUCGGAGACGGCUGGGGCGGGGGUACGAGCCCGCAGAGCCGCCCCGGUCCAAACCUCAGGCUUGCCCGGAGGCGACGUGCAGGACCCUGGAGGCCGCCUCUUCUACAACCUCACGGUCUUCGGCCGAGACCUGCACCUGCGGCUGCGGCCCAACGCUCGCCUCGUGGCUCCGGGGGCCACCGUGGAGUGGCAGAGUGAGACGGGUGACACCCGGGUGGAGCCCCUGCUUGGGACCUGUCUCUACGUUGGAGACGUGGCCGGCUUAGCCAAAGCCUCCUCAGUGGCGCUCAGUAACUGUGAUGGGCUGGCUGGUCUGAUCCGUAUGGAGGAGGAGGAGUUCUUUAUUGAGCCCCUGGAGAAGGGUCAGGCGGAUCGGGAGGCUGAACAAGGCCGAGUGCACGUGGUAUAUCGCAGACCGCCCACUCCCAAAUCCCCUCCUCUGGCGGGGCCACAGGUUCUGGACACAGGAGCCUCCCGGGGCAGCCUGGAGAGCCUCAGCCGAGCCCUGGGCAUCCUGGAGGAGCACAUCGCCAGCUCCCAGCGGAGGGUGCGCAGGCACGCCACCGACGAUGACUACAACAUCGAGGUCCUGCUGGGCGUGGAUGACUCAGUGGUCCAGUUCCACGGGACGGAGCACGUGCAGAAGUACCUGCUGACGCUCAUGAACAUUGUCAAUGAAAUCUACCAUGACGAGUCCCUGGGGGCCCACAUCAAUGUUGUGCUGGUGAGGAUCAUCCUUCUGAGCCAUGAGAAGUCCAUGAGCCUCAUUGAGAUUGGGAACCCCUCUCAGAGUCUGGAGAAUGUCUGCCGCUGGGCCUACCUCCAGCAGAAGCCGGACACUGACCACGAUGAGUACCACGAUCAUGCCAUCUUCCUCACACGGCAGGACUUCGGGCCCUCGGGCAUGCAAGGCUAUGCUCCUGUCACGGGGAUGUGCCACCCGGUCCGCAGCUGCACCCUGAACCAUGAGGACGGCUUCUCCUCGGCAUUUGUGGUGGCUCACGAGACUGGUCAUGUGCUGGGCAUGGAGCAUGAUGGGCAAGGCAACCGCUGUGGUGACGAGGUACGGCUGGGCAGCAUCAUGGCACCCUUGGUCCAGGCUGCCUUCCAUCGAUUCCACUGGUCCCGCUGCAGCCAGCAGGAGCUCGGCCGCUACCUGCAUUCCUAUGAUUGCCUGCGUGACGAUCCCUUCGCCCACGACUGGCCGGCUUUGCCUCAGCUCCCAGGGCUGCACUAUUCCAUGAACGAGCAGUGUCGAUUCGACUUUGGCCUGGGCUACAUGAUGUGCACUGCGUUCCGGACCUUUGACCCCUGCAAACAGCUGUGGUGCAGUCACCCUGACAACCCUUACUUUUGCAAGACAAAGAAGGGUCCCCCACUCGACGGGACUAUGUGUGCGCCUGGCAAGCAUUGCUUUAAAGGUCACUGCAUCUGGCUGACCCCUGACAUCCUCAAACGCGACGGCAACUGGGGCGCCUGGACUCCAUUCGGCUCCUGCUCGCGCACGUGUGGCACAGGUGUAAAGUUCAGGACCCGCCAGUGUGACAACCCACACCCAGCUAACGGGGGCCGCACCUGCUCUGGCCUGGCCUACGACUUCCAGCUCUGCAACCCCCAGGACUGCCCCAACGCCCUGGCUGACUUCCGGGAGGAGCAGUGCCGCCAGUGGGACCUGUAUUUUGAGCACGGCGAUGCCCAGCACCACUGGCUGCCCCAUGAGCACCGGGAUGCCAAGGAGAGAUGCCACCUCUAUUGUGAAUCCAAGGAGACAGGGGAGGUGGUGUCCAUGAAGCGCAUGGUGCAUGAUGGGACACGCUGCUCCUACAAGGACGCCUUCAGCCUCUGUGUGCGUGGAGACUGCAGGAAGGUGGGCUGUGAUGGGGUAAUUGGCUCCCGCAAGCAGGAGGACAAGUGUGGCGUGUGUGGAGGUGACAACACCCACUGUAAAGUGGUGAAAGGCACGUUCACGAGGUCCCCCAGGAAGCAAGAGUACAUCAAGAUGUUUGAGAUCCCCGCUGGAGCCAGACACCUGCUCAUCCAGGAGGCCGACACCACCAGCCACCAUCUGUCUGUCAAGAACUUGGAGACAGGCAAGUUCAUCUUAAAUGAAGAGAAUCACUUGGACCCCAAUUCUAGAACCUUCAUCGCCAUGGGUGUGGAGUGGGAAUACAGGAAUGAAGAUGAGAGGGAAACGCUGCAGACCAUGGGCCCGCUCCAUGGAACCAUCACAGUCCUGGUUAUCCCCGAAGGAGACUCUCGGAUCUCACUGACGUACAAAUACAUGAUCCAUGAGGACUCGCUCAAUGUCGAUGACAACAACGUCCUGGAAGACGACUCUGUGCGCCAUGAGUGGGCCCUGAAAAAGUGGUCUCCCUGCUCCAAGCCCUGCGGUGGAGGGUCCCAGUUCACCAAGUAUGGCUGCCGCAGGAGGCUGGACAGCAAGAUGGUGCACCGAGCCUUCUGCAGUGCCCUGGCCAAGCCCAAAGCCAUCCGUCGAGCUUGCAACCCUCAGGAGUGCUCCCAGCCUGUGUGGGUCACCGGUGAGUGGGAGCCUUGCAGUCAGAGCUGUGGGCGAAGCGGCAUGCAGGUGCGCUCCGUACGCUGUAUUCAGCCCCUGCACAACAACACCACCCGCUCUGUGCACACCAAACACUGCAACGACCACCGUCCUGAGACCCGUAGGGCCUGCAACCGUGAGCUCUGCCCUGGGCGGUGGCGGGCUGGGUCCUGGUCCCAGUGUUCGGUAACCUGUGGCAACGGCACCCAGGAGCGACCAGUCCUCUGCCGCACUGCAGAUGAUAAUUUCGGUGUCUGCCGGGAGGAACGGCCCGAGACAGCAAGGAUCUGCAGGCUUGCACCCUGUCCCCGAAACAUCUCGGAUCCAUCCAAGAAGAGCUACGUGGUUCAGUGGCUGUCCCGGCCUGACCCUGACUCACCCAUCCGGAAGAUCUCGUCAAAGGGCCAGUGCCAAGGCGACAAGUCAAUGUUCUGUAGGAUGGAAGUCUUGUCUCGCUAUUGCUCCAUCCCCAGCUACAACAAGCUCUGCUGCAAGUCCUGCAACCCGCCCGGCAACCUCAGCCUCACAGAGGACGCAGGCGUGGACCCUCCACCGGGGAAGCACAAUGACAUCGAUGUGUUCAUGCCCACACUUCCGGGACCCACGGUAGCUACACAGGUGCAGCCUUUGUCAGGGCCUCCCUUGGAGGUCCCCCUCAAUGCCUCCGGCAUCAAUGUCACGGAGGACCACCCAGAAACCAAUGCUGUGGAUGUUCCCUACAAGAUCCAUGGUGUGGAUGAAGAGGUCCAGUCUACCAACCUGAUCCCUCGACGACCAAGCCUGAAUGUAAAGACGAGGAACCAAAGAAUCCAGGAGCUCCUUAAUGCGGUGCAGAGAAAAGAGAAGGCCGGAAAGUUCUAAUAAAAUGGAAAGAUUCGCAUCAACAGCUUUUUCCCCUUGCUUAUAGCUCUAUUCCAUGGGAUGGCAAAUCCUGUGUUGUGCUUCCGAAAGGUUUGGAAAAUAGUACAAAAGGAUAUAUAUGGAGAGGGGUGGGCAUGUGACAACCAGCCUAGCAUGUAUUUUCCAGGCUAGGAAUGACCUAAAUCUUGUGGUGAUCUUAGGUUUAGAGUGGAAUAUCCAAGUUCCCUAGUUUCUAUCAAUGUUGGGAGGUCAAGAGAAAUGACUCUGAGAGAGAAAAAAACUUGGCUCCAACUUACUAAGCAGUAGUUGAGAACCUCCAUUUCCUUGGUGAUAGUCCCCAAGGCAUGAGACCACUGGGGAUGAUUGAGUGACAUGAUGUUUUAUUUAAUAGAUCAGUUGCCAGGUUGAGUACACUGAAGUGGAGGUCAUGAGCCAAAAUGACCUCAAAGGCCAGGCAGAUGAGUGGAUAAGUGUGGUAGCUAGGAGUGGACUUUAACCAACCAGAGAGCAGCAUCUAUCUAGGGCUGUUGGUAUGUUCCAACCAACCAGAGCACAGCAUCUAUCUAGGGCUGUUGGUAGACUCCAGCUCUAGCUGCCAGUGUGACGUUUCUGCCUUACCAGCCUGGCCUUGUCCUAUGUUGCACAACCAGCGAUCUGGGUUUCCUGUACUCAAAAUAUAUUAACUUGCAGGGGUGGGAGUAGGAGAAGACCUGGGAGUUUUAGGUCUACACCUGCCAGGCUAUAACCGCUGGUCUUUGUUUUAAUUAUUACCUAGUUGUCUGGUGCAGUUUCAACAUCUGGUGCUCAUGGUGUACAGUGUUUUGAUCUCAGCCGAGCAUGGGCUGUGCACCUAUCCAGUUCUUUCCAGGGAAGUGAUGAGACUCCUAUAAUGUGGAUACGAGGAGAGUUGUAAACAAGGAGCCACUGGGUCAAAGGCAUCAAGGAUUCUCUCCUCUCCACUCACCUUGGCCUUGUUUGCUGCCUCCCAGGCUCUGGUGGAAGAGCCCCAGUAUUCUUCUCUGGCCAGCCUGGGCCAAGGCCACAGAGAAGAAGGAUGUCCUUUGCUGGGGUGACCCAGCUUGGGACCCAAGGCCCAGGACUCUCCCUUUCCUGGGCUCCCAGUACCACCACUGGGGUGGUGAGGUACUCAGGUUAAGAGGGUGGGUUUUGCCUGUAGUCUGACCUUGGCCUUGCCCACUUCCAACCUUUAGAAGUUAUAGAACCCAACAACACUGUCUGCCAUAGGAGGUAUAGGGUGGGAGGUGGGAGCCCCACUUUAACUUUAGAAGCUUAGAUAACUUCGUUUGUGGUAGAAUAGUGUUUGGUGAGCCAGAUGUGAAGGGGGGAUUAAAAGGGAGCCGCUGGAUGAUAGGAGGAUGCUGAGCUUUGUCUCUCAUUCCCUGGCAUUUUGUAAGCAUGUCACACCAACAUCCCCACAUGGAAAGACCCAGGGCACAUUAGCUCCCUAGCUGGGUCUAGCCUGACCAUAAUUCUGAGACUUCUAGAAGUUCUGUGUUCUCACCAAUCACAGAUCUUAGAUUAUUUUCUCUUAUUGACAUCCCCCUCCCCAGUCCCGCCAAUCAGAGUAAGAAUCCUGAGACUUGAGUCGGUGCCCUUAUGGCUCAUCCUCCACUGAGUUUCAAGGUGCUCAGCGUGCUUGUGUAAAUCUGCAUGUGCGUGUGUGCGUGGGGGGAGGGCAGGGGUGUCUAUGGAUGGUCUGUGGAAAGAAGUCAGCACAUAGAGACCAGCUGGACUAAUGUUUAAGAUAGUGCUUAACUUUCUUCCUAGAGGGUGAACAGACCCUGCCACCCUUUCCUUGCCCGCACAUCCCACACAUACUACUCACUGCCCAGCUCCCAAAGAACCAAACUGGAAAAAUGCCUUUGAAUAUGUCUCCUGGGAUGUGGUUGAGAACAGUUCUGCUUUCCUGCCUCCUUGAAGCAGGGAAUGAAUCCUAUGGCUGGCCCCCAUUUGUUGAAUCCAGGUCAGCUGGGUUUACCCAUGGGUUUGUAGAACUGAGUAUUUCCCAUCUUCAGUAGAAUGUAGAGGAAUGUUCUAGACUUAUAGUAGCCAGGAUAUGGCUGAGUUUACCCAUUCUAAUGGCUGUAGGAUAGUAACACUCCAUUCUCCGAUCCCAGUAAAGCAGGGCUUCCUAGACGCCCCAUGCUGGAAAGCCCCAGCAAGUCAGAUGCCCUGAGGGAGAUGAGGUUCCACAUGGUAUCCUUGGUGUCUUGGGCCAGGGGCCUCCAGGCCUCUAUGGAGCUAGUGGUGCUCAUGGGAACACAGUGCCCACUGGGCUCAGAGACACUGCGAGUUCCUGAGCAUGAGACUAUCUGGAGAAAGGACUUAGAAGCAGCCCUAGGCAGUCAAAGCAGCUACAUCUGAGGCAUUCUUGUAGCCCCAGAGGCAGGUAGGUGUCCUCUGGAAGUCUUCAGCACUGCGUGAUCACCCAGACUGUCCUACGUCACCCAGAAAGAACUCCCAAGGCACCUGGGAAUUGUUUUUUAUUCUUAGGGAGAAUCAGGCCACAUUUGAAGAAAGUCCCUAGGAAAUCCCGUGGAAUUUCGCAUAUAAACCUCACAUUUGUGUUUUAAGAGUUCUCUUUUGGGGUCUGUUUUAAGUAUAUAACUGGUACUCAAUAGCAAUGUCUUUGUCCGAGGUAACAUUCUGACUCUAUUUACUCCUGUGUGACAGGUGGCCACCAAAUGGAGCCAAACACGGUGCUCAACUUAAAUCACAUUUUAUCUGACAACAGCCAUUGAUGCGUUUUUGUUCUGUAUAGUAAAACUUGACUCUUUACUUUCAUAACUUAUUAAAGCAUCUGUGGUUUUGCAAAUCA